AUUUAAAUAACAAUGGUCUGAUUUUGAAAUUUUCAAUUUUCAUUUUUUAAAAGUCUUUCUCGUAUCAUAUUUAAAACGAAACAAUUCUAUUCGAAAUAUACAGAGUAAUUCACUAGAACUGCUUGAAAAUUCAGAGCUAUAUUUGGAACAAUGUGCCCAGUUUUCUUUUUAUUCUUUGCUGACAUCUUAGACUGAACGACUGCGCUGUCGCCGGAACUAAAAAUUCCGAUCACACGAGGUUUAGAACAGAUGGAUUCAGGUGGAGAAGACAAGAUGAAGCGAAUCCCCUUCAAGGACAGACGCGAAUGGGCAGACGUAAGGCCGGUGCCGCAAGACGACGGUCCUCGCCCCGUGGUCCCCAUAGCUUACUCCGACGACUUCUCCGAUGCCAUGGACUACUUCCGCGCAGUCUACCUUGCCGGAGAGCGAUCUCCCCGCGCUCUUCAUCUCACUGCCGAAGCCAUCGCACUUAACCCCGGGAAUUAUACUAUUUGGCAAUUUAGGCGUGUGGUACUCGAGGCAUUGGAGGCUGAUUUGAAGGAAGAGUUAGACUUUGUUGAUCUUAUCGCCAAAGCCAACCCUAAAAACUAUCAAAUAUGGCACCACAGAAGAUGGGUUGCUGAAAAAGUAGGAAAGGGUGCUCUGCAUAGGGAGCUUGAGUUCACCAAGCAAAUUUUCUGCAAGGAUGCAAAAAAUUAUCAUGCAUGGUCUCAUAGGCAGUGGGUUCUUCAGGCACUUGGAGGGUGGGAAGAUGAACUCUCUUAUUGUCAUCAAUUACUAGAAGAAGAUAUUUGCAACAAUUCAGCCUGGAAUCAGAGAUACUUUGUGGUGACAAGAUCACCCCUUCUAGUUGGAGGCUUAGCAGCAAUGAGGGAUUCAGAAGUGAGAUAUACAGUGGAAGCCAUCAAAUCUAACCCUGAUAAUGAAAGUCCCUGGAGAUAUCUCCGGGGUCUUUAUAAAGGCGAUUCAAAAUCACUAAUAAAGGAUUCUCAGGUAACAUCAGUUGUGUUGGAGGUUUUGACUUCCCAAGGAAACCACGUGUAUGCCUUGAGGAUGCUGUUGGAUCUUUGUUGUCAUGGGUAUGAGCCCAGCAGCGAAGUGAGGAGCGCAGUACACCAUCUAUCUUCAUCGGACUCAUCAGAUCCAAAUCUGGGUAAAAUGAUCUGUUCGAUCUUGGAAACAGAGGAUCCGAUUAGAAUAAACUAUUGGAAUUGGCGCAAAACCACCUUCUCGGCCCAAUCAAUUCAGCGUCAAAACGAAGAUAGGCUGGCAGGUGUGCAUUUAUAGCAUAUGAAUAUACUAAACUGUACUUUUUUCCAUGAACUAAUAUAUCAUGAAAUAUGUGUUGUCUUACGAAUCCAAGGACAAGAUAUGGUUCGUUGUCAUGUUUCUUCUUAGUCUUGUUUCCAACUCCAAUUGUUUUUGUUUUCCAACACUUUUCUUAAAGGUAAUGUAAUAUCUUGGUUCAAGUGCUCUGUUGAGCAUUUACUUUGUACGUUGUCUGAAUCCAAACUCGAAAAUUAACUUAUGUUUGUAAAUCCAGAUCCCCCUGUGAUACAAAAAUGAAAGAUGCCGAGUAACAUCAUUUUAGGUACUGAUUUGAUUAUCUUAAAUCGGCGUGUUGAUACGGAUACGUUUGUGGAGCACGAGGAGGAUCACGAGUCUGCAGAGGAAACUACGGGGGU